AUGAGUUCGGGGAAAAAAAUUAAAACCAUUGAAAAUGAAAGCGAUGAAAACUUACCAUUCGAUAUUUACGAUUCGAAUUACCCAACUAAAACUAUUCCUUCCAAAAACAACAGUAGUUAUUUUAUGGACCCAAAAUUGCCAGUACGUAACGCGUCGAAUACCAUUGAAACUGCAUUGGACGAAUACAAUGUAGACGACGAAGACUUUAUAAAAGUGUACUUCGCAUCAGGCACUKUACUGAAGCCGUCAGACAAACCGUACGAUCUGCGUUCGAAAAUCUACGAAGCAAACCGAGAAUUGGCAAAUGACAGUGAGAACAAAUUUGUGAACGUGCCCGGAAAAGUCAAGUUUGACAACACUGUCGUGGUAUUGGACAGUUUCGAAGAUAUUGGUACAGUGUCGAUCGGCACGGAAACACUUCAAGGCGCCGAAGUUAUUGUUUCCGAUCUUCCGAUUGAUGACUCUGAGGAUAAAGACAUUUUGGCCAAAAUUGAUUUGUUAAGAGACGAUGAUGCAGACGACCAAAAUGAUGUGGUGUGCAGUUCUACUACCGAUAGGACGCAGGACACUGACACAGAUGAUAAAGCUUAUUCAAGCACUUCCUUCAGCAGGAGUUUUUCGUCCGAUUCCGACGACCCAUUGUUCAUAAACGUCAUAGAGUCCGGGGAUGAGUUCAAAACGAUCAUGGAUCGGAACAAUAAAACGCGCCAAGGAUCGGCGAUUGACGAGCAAGUUACGUACUUCCCGGAACUGUUUACUCAUACGCAAUACAAGAUGUACGAAAAUUGUGCGGAAAGACCAUUGGAAGACAGUGACGUAAAUAUAUACGUACCCAAGAAAUUGGAUGCAGAGGAGCUAAGAAACAAACUAAAGGAAAUCACCGGAGAGCGUAAACGUGCGGUGCAGGUAGCAGGGGCGUUGAAUGACAAAAAAAUCGACUGCAGGCCCAUGAAAAAAGUCGGUUGUUUCACUUCGCUGCAGAACGUGCAAAAAAAAAUCAAGCAAAAUAUAAAAACAACCGAGAAAAAGAUCCAACCGUCAUCUGCCCAGAUGCAACAGCCGAUAAUUCACUGCAGUAACAAUAACAACAACAACAACAACCGUAAUAUUAAUAAAAAUAACAAGGCUCGCGUAACAUAUUACUUUGAAAUGGACCCAAAGGGUAAACUCAAACCACUGAACAAUAAGAACAACCGGCAUGCAAACGAUGAAACGUGUUCUUCGAACAAUUCCAAUGACAAGUCUGCGAAUAGAUUCUUCCACAUAAAUCUGAGGGCGGCGAAAAAAGGGGAUAACGCCAAGCCCCGGAUCACCAAGACGCCGAACGCGGAUUUGUUUCUGGAAUUUCAGACGGACAAGUCCGGCAACAACAAGGGAGCGAAGCUAGUGAUAAAAAAGAAGCAGUCUACAGCCGGGGAAGAGUUGGAACACAGCCCAAUUGGAGGUACCACCAAGAAAUCUUCUGCUGUUGGCAGCGGCGAUCGCCCUCGUUUGCCAGGUUAUAACGGCCUUCGAUCCGAGUACGGACUGUCGGCUGAACAGCUGUUAGAGAGACGCAACACAAGAAUGGAAAAAGAGAGACGGAGGAAAGAGUUAAGGCAGAAGAAACACGAAGAAGAGGAGAAAAAGAGGGCAGAAAACGAAAAAAAUUUCUACAAAUGGUUGCAACAAAAGAAACAGCUGAAGAAACACGCGAAGACCAUCAGACGCAGUUAUCCCAUGAACAGAUUGACCGUGUCUUCCGCAAGAGUUUCCAUAAAUUCUCCACACGACGGUGAUCAACGCAAAGGAUCGUUUGCUCUGGAAGAGUUAUUAAAGAUCAAAGACGAGAAUACCGGAUGGUUUAAAUUUUAAAAAAAAUAUCGUUAUUUUCUUUUAAUUGGAUAAAGAUAAAAGAUAAUUUAUAUUUUUUAUCAGUUAUUACUUAUUAUGAUAUAUCUUAGAUAUGACUGUGAAUUACCUACAUGCAAUGGUCGAAUAACCUACGGUGCAUUGAAUUUCAGUAUUAUACACAAUGCUAUAUACUAUAGGCAGGAACGGCGCUAGGAUUUGCGG